UUUUCUACGCCAUAGCUGGGAAAUUGUGUGAAACAAUAUUAUGCUUUCUAACCAUUCAAAAAAACAAAGGACAAAAAAAGUUUGACUAAGGACCCAUCGCCAGUUAAUUACUAAUUUUUUUCUAUUUGACUUUGAUAAUCGGGCCUAUUUUCUUUUUUUAUUGUGAACAAUUAAUCAUUGUGUGUGAUAGGUGUUGAAAUGUUAAUUUAUUAUUAGCUUUGUUUUUCAUUUUUUUAGAAUUUUUAUUCGAAAAUUAAUUAUUUUCGGCAAUGCCUUGUACGGCUAUCCUUCUCUCCCAAAUUGUCCUUUUCUACGAUUUAAUUAGACUAAUUAUUUCUGAUGAUGAUCAAACAGUUUCUAAUAUAAUUAACCUAGAUAAUAAUCAAUUUUCUAAUUUUUAUAAAUGGAUGGAACAGAAUUCUCACAUUUGUAAGAGUGAAUUUGUAUUAUUUAUAAAUUUUGAAGUGAUAUUCAGGAGGAUUUUUCUUAGUAAAUUAUGUUAA